AUGCCAUCCGCCUUAAAUGAGACUUCACCGCUAUUACCAGCAAAAUAUAUCGGUGACAAUGAUUUUUUGAAGCCAUCACAGGAGCGACAAAAAGGCUACCUCCACGAAUUUAAAUGGUUAUUGAAAAAUGCAAUGCCAUUAGUUGUCAGCUACCUUCUGCAGAACACCUUACAGAGUUUCAGCAUUGUGUCUGCUGGACAUUUGGGUGCAAACGAAUUAGCUUCGGCAACGUUAGGCAGCAUGUUUGUUACUAUUACUGGCUUAUCUGUAGCUACAGGUGCUACCCUAUCCCUCGACACACUUUGUUCACAGUGCUUCACCAGUUCCAAAGAUAAAAAAUUAGUCGGCCUACACGUACAGCGUUGCUUAGCUUUCAUGUCUUACUUAUAUAUCCCUAUCAUUUUUCUUUGGUGGAAUUCUGAAAAGGUGUUUAUAUUUCUCCGUCAGGAUCCUGUUGUUGCGCACUUAUCAAGCAUCUACGUUCGCUGGAUGAUCCUUGCUAUACCCGCUUUUGCUAUUUUUGAAGCCCUCAAAAAAAUGUUGCAAGCGCAAGGUAUUUUUAGUCCACCCACUUACAUCCUCAUCUUCUCCUCUCCUAUCAACUUACUUCUCAAUUAUGCCUUGGUUUGGAUACCUCGAUUUUCAUUUGGUUUUCAUGGUGCACCCAUCGCCAGUUGUAUAUCGUAUUGGCUCAUUGUUGUAUUAUUAUCACUCUAUAUUUAUCGCAUCGAUGGUCAUCAAGCUUGGCCUAACUGGUCCACGUCUUUUGUUUACCAAGUUCGAUAUUGGGGUCCCAUGAUAAAACUUGCUGUUCCUGGUAUCUUACUGAUCUGCACCGAAACCUGGGCUUACGAAAUUAUUGCGCUCGGGGCUAGUUGGAUUGACACUCCUAAUUUAAGUGCUCAAAGCAUUAUCCUUACCUCCAUCACAGCUCUUUAUACACUCGCUUUUGGUGUUGGUAUUGCGGCAGCGAACCGCGUUGGCAACUUAUUAGGUGCUCAAAGGUCAAAUCAAGCUCGUACAGCUGCUCGUGCUGCUCUAAUCGUAGGCACUCUUAUUGGUACUAGUAACAGCCUGGUUCUGUUACUCUUCCGUCAUGUCUGGGCUUAUCUGUUUACAAGCGAUGAAGAGGUUGUACAAAUAGUCACACAAAUGUUACCCUUAGUGGCAUUGUUUGUAGUUGCCGAUAACAUGGCCGGUGUGGCGGAUGGCGUUCUGAAUGGUAUGGGACGACAGCAUGUCGGUGCUUGGUGCAAUCUGGCUUCUUAUUAUUUAUCAGCCUUGCCUAUCGGAUUAUAUCUAUGCUUUAAGUGUGGUUGGUGGUUGUCUGGCUUAUGGACAGCCUUGGCAGGUUCAAUGUUUGUUGCAGCUGCUGUGACGGUAUUAGUUGUUCUGGUUGCAAACUGGAAAAAGGAAGCUGAGAAAGCAGAAAAGAGAACAGAAGGAGAAACGUAUUUAGCUACGAAUAUGAACUAG